AUGUUGUCUACUCCUGGCUCCGAGCAUGCCGCCGUCACGUUGACCUCGUCGUUCCCAUCAGCUAAUGCUAUACCUUCAUAUAUUCAAUCUACCUUAUCCAUGGGAAAUGGGGACGUAAACAACGUUGCAAAUAAUAAUACUAAUAAUAAAAGCAGAUCCAGAUAUGUGAUAGGUGAUGAUAAAUAUGGUGAAAUCAUUACAGUAAAUGGUAUCAAAUGGAUACCAAUUUAUUUACUAGCAAAGAAACAUGCAGCUUUAUGGACACAUUUUCUUGGUAUACAGGGAGAUUUACCCUUUACUAAAGUGAAAUGUAAACAUUGCGGUGAAGUGCUUGAAAGGGAUGAUUUAGAAACAAAUCCAAAUUCAACUUUGAAAUUUAGAUCUCAUUUAAAGGAUAAACAUAAUCUGUCAUUUAGAGUAGACUAUUAUAAGGAAUUUGCCAACACUAUUCAACCAGAUCAUCAUGAACAACUGCAGCAACAACAAUCACCCAAUGCACAUUUGAAAAGAACUUUAGAUCGUUCCACAUAUCAUAUCAAUGAAUUUAUCGUCCCAGCAAAGAAGCAAACUCAAUUGACUUUCAAACAAAGAGAAAAAUUGGCAAAUCGAAUAGCAAAUUUUCCCAAUGGGAUGCUUGUUGCACUCAUAAUGGCUACGGAAAAUUUACCCUUACAUAUCAUUAACAAUUCUGCAUUCCGUGUAUUAUUAUCUGCACUCCCCAAGACAAUAAACAAGAUGGAACCACAGGUAAUUAAAAGUAAUAUUGUGGAAUUGGCAAAAUCCAUUGAUGAAAUGUUACAUAGAUAUUUGGUACAUGCACAAGAACAAUUACCCAUACAAUUAAAUUUAAAUGCUUUACUAUCAAGACAGGAUGGAAAAUCACAGGCUAUUGAAAAACUUUUGACAACAUCAUUCAUAUUAUUAUUAAAUAUCCCAUUAUUUUCUUUAAAUUAUCAAGUAUGGGAUAAGAAACACCUGUUAAUAUCAUUACAAUCAUUGAAUGAGAAAACAAUGUCAUUAUUCACAUUCCCCAUCUUCGUAAGAGACCUUGGCGGUGAACCAGCAAGGCUCGAUAGAAUUAAAGCUCACGUUGAAGUAAUUACAAGAGGAAUGCCAGGUUUGGAUAAUUCGUUAUUAGCAGUGACAUUACCCAACAAUGACGCAUUAGAAGCAAUACAACAUUCUGAAGAAACCAAUCUGUUUGAUAAUUAUAGAAAUUUUGAAGAUACUCAUAGCUACGACCUUAUGAGAAUGGAAAAAUUAGAAAGGGAAAAAGAUAAAUACCACAUUUGCAUGACUUCAAUAUUAUUAGCAUGCCUGACACCGUUCUUUGGUCUGGAAAUGCGAGACAUAUCAUUACAAGAUACAAGUAUCAUGGAUUCCACUAUUCUCCCCACACUUACUGAAGAAGAAAAAUAUUUAGAUUCUCUUGUUGAUCUAUCUCAUGUUGAUGUAUCGUCAUCCAUUUUUUACAAGAUAAACUCCUUUUAUGAGGAAAUCAAAACAGAUGCAUGGCAAUGGGAAAGAUACAUGUCAUGGUGCUCUCACCAUAUUCCAAAUGAUACAGAAACUGAUGUUAUACCAUUUAACAAAAUCCAUUAUUCUACAUCAAUUCAUUCUUUACAAAGAUUCAUAAAAUUGCGUCCCGUCAUUGAAUCCAUGGAUCAAUUUUUACAGAAUGAAAAAUUUACGCAAUUGGAUUUCAAGAUAAUGGAAGUUACUUUAUCAACGCUUAAAUCAUUUAACAAAUUACUUUUAUUAUAUUCUUCUUCUUCAUCAAUGAAUUUUAUUCAUACUAUCCCAACGUUAUUAGCAGUUGAAAAGCAUCUCAUUGCCUUAUUAGAAUUAUCCAAGGUGGAAAGGUUUGUGAAACCCAUUAAGACAUCGCUUCAUAAAGCACAAUAUCACAAGGGAAAAUUAAUAUCAAGUAAUUUACAUUCCAUGGCCGCAUAUUUAACACCUUCUCUUUUCAUAUUCAAAGACACUUUGCGUGAGGUCUUUGGGUCGGAGAAUGCUAUGAUAAUCAACGCAAGCAAACCGCAAUUCAUAGUGGACUUACUAAUGAAAUAUCUGGACGUGGAGACCAUUCAAACGGUCGAGAACGGAACUGAACAACUAGGAACACCGAUUGGUAAUCCAAUGGUAAACGAAAAUGAUAAAUUCUUCCAGUUGCCAAUCGGGUCACUGAAGGAUUUGAAAUUCUUCAAUGAUUCAAGCUCACCUGAAAAUGUUACUCUUAGGUCUUGCUUCUCAACAUUGGUUGAGAAGUCAUUAAAUACUUAUAUUCUUACCCUUAGCUCGUAUCUCUCCAAUGCUUAUGAGACAUAUCCAGAAGAAAAUAACUUUAUUCAAGAAAAAAAUGGACAGUACAGAAAACUGUUCAACAAUGGAGAAAACAAUAAAGAUGAAGAGUCUGCCAUUUUGAAUCCCAUCGAGGAACUACUAAAUAUCCAUAUACCUAUCAAUGAAAAUUUUUGGGACAUUUUCACGAAUGCUCAAGGUAAUCAUAAUUUGGUGGUUAGGGUUCUUUUCAAAAUUUUCUCAUCCAUUUCAUCGUCCUCUGUCAGAAGAGAAUAUUCAUUUUUGAGAGAUUUCAAAUGUAACACAGAUCCUAAGUUAUUACAAGAAAUUGUCAAACUAAGAGUGUUCAAUUCUCAAUUUCGAAUUCAUGAAAUUGAUUUCAAUACUAAUAACCUGGAUACCUUAGGCCUGCAUUUAGUGUAA